GUAUAUUAAGCAGCCUGUUGAGAACCAACUAAUAUUUUAUUUGUAGAAGUUGUAAGUAGAGUGGAUGAUCUUCUACCCGAUCUGCCAAACUUCUUGUUUAACAAACCUCUAGAAUGGACCAACAAAGACAGAAACUAAACUCUUCAUCAGAUGAUGAGAAGAAAUUAAAUCUGUUUCAAGAGGAGGAUUAUUUGGGAGAAGACCCCUUCGCUCAUUGGCAUCAUCAGGAGAUCCAAUAUUCGGAUGACCUUAUUCUCUUCUCUCAGAGUAUCCCGACGUUAUCAAACAAUGGAUAUGAGGAUUCUUUAGAUAGCCAAAAUGAAACAGCUCCUCUACUGAAGAGGACAGCACAAGAUGAUUUGAGCGAGUUUGCAGAAAGUGCAUCUAAAAAUGGAAGUAAAAUUACAGGAAAUUCUAUCCUGAAUGACGAGUCUUCACCUAAAGAAGAAAAGAUCAGAAAAAAUAUCGAAGAGAAAGAAGCCAAUCUUCCCAAAGAUAAGAGCAAUAAUUCCAAAGAGUAUUCCUCCAGACCUGAUGUCGUUGCAAAGAGUGUUAUCAGAGGAGUUAAAAGAUAUUUCUGACAACUCCUUUGAAGUGGAAACUCUCUUAUCCAAUCUUUAGAAAGUGAUAAUGGAUCACAAAGUCUCCAGAAAGUAGAGGAGUAUUGCGAAGCUCAUUUUAAGCCAGAUUGCGAGGAUACUCAUGGAAUAGAGAUCCUCUCUCUCCAAGAAAUGUUGAUCAAGAAAAAUUAUCACAAAGACCCCAAACUAACUCCUGAAGUGAAGCUAUACUACAGAUUAAAAGUUCUUCUUGCUUCAAUGGUGUUGUAUAUUCCUCUCAACAGGAAGCAUUGCUAUCCAUUUGUAAAGACUUCUUUUAAUGUGUUCUACAACUGAAUCUACAAAUACUCUAAAGUAAAGAUUAAUAAACUGCUGAAGUUCCAAGCUUUCAGGGUAAUAUUUGAGCACUUUGUUGCCAAAGGCCAAAUGGAGAAGAUGAUCAAAGAAGACCCUACAUUCUCAUGUAACCAGGAAGUGUACAGGAAAACCUUCAAUGAAUUGCUAGCUAAAAUCAGAAGCUAAUUUAAAGACAAUAUAACCAUAAUUUUUCUGCUAAAAUCUCUAC